AUGAAUAACCAAAUUGAUAUGAUAAAAUAUGGUGUAAAGAAGGAAGGGACUGUUUGGGAUGAAAAGGGAAAAAGUGAAAUAGCAAAGAUUUUUAUUUACAGCGGUGCUGAGUCCUAUUUUGUUAAUUCACUUCAAUUCUUGUUCGUUGUGGAUGGCCAAUUUGUUUUGUCUCGAUUACAUGGAGCUGACUACAACUAUUCUUGGAAUACAAACUUUAGUACAAUUGUGUUGGAUUAUCCAUCUGAAUUUCUUACUGGGAUACAAGGUACGUAUUAUUCUAAUGGGUUGAGAUCGAUAAAAUUUAUGACGAACAAAGGUCUUUAUGGACCCUAUGGCAGCGAUAGGAUCAGUCCAAAAGUCCAGUUCGAAGAGUUCAUUGUUCAUCUUGGAGAUGAUCGUUCUUUUGGUGGAUUUCAUGGCACCAAAAAAAAGACGCAUAUUGAGAGUAUUGGAAUCUAUAUGAAGCCUGUCACAUCCUCCAUGAUAACAAAUUCUUCAGUAUUGACAAAGUCCAAAAGACCAAAAAGAAAAUAA